AAAAGCGUAUGUGGAGGAGAAAAAAACUGAGGAGAGAACAAAGAAAUCAGAGUCUAUUUAAAGAGAAGUCGCCCCCGAUCCUGCAGCCGUGUGACUCCCGGCACUGCGCACCGCACACAGCUGCGCCAAAACCAGCCUGCUGCCUGUGCACCACCACGGCUCCUGACGGUCGGUGAGGAUGCGGACUUCUCUGGUCGUGUGCUGCUGCGUCUUUGCGCUGCAAUGCCUCCCGAGCACGCUUUGUGUUCCCGUGCGGGGAUCCAGCCGAUACAAAGUGGCACCGGUCUCUGAAAAGUUCCCCGACCUGAAGAAGAGAGGAAAGGUUCCUCACACUCAGGACUUAGUGAAGGAGACGAGUUUGUCCAACAACACUUCCAACACAUGGAACCGACCUCGCUGUGGCGUACCGGACUACCCUGCCCAGAAGGAGGUCCACUAUCGAGGACGACACCGCCAGAGACGCUACGUCCUGUACGGAGGACGUUUGGACAAGACGGACCUCACCUACAGGAUCGUCCGGUUCCCGUGGCAGAUGGGCGAGGAGAAGGUUCGACGUGUCUUUCGGGAAGCUCUGAAAAUCUGGAGUGACGUCACCCCGCUCACUUUCACCGAGAUCCACAGCGGGAAGGCCGACAUCCGCAUCGACUUCACAAGGUACUGGCACGGAGACAACCUCCCCUUCGACGGCCCGGGUGGGAUCCUCGCUCACGCUUUCUUCCCCAAAACACACAGACAGGGCGACAUUCACUUCGACUACGAUGAGUCAUGGACCCUUGGAAACCACAUGGGCACAGACCUUCUCCAGGUUGCGGCCCAUGAGUUUGGACACGUCCUGGGCCUGCAGCACUCCCGUGAGCCGGGAGCCAUCAUGUCCGCAUACUACUCCUUCUCCUACCCACUGAGGCUGAGCCAGGAUGACAAGCAAGGCAUCCAGUUCCUGUAUGGAGCUCAUCCACAGGUCCUGCCCUCGCACCCGCCCCCACCUCCACCUCAAACCAUCACAGAGACCAACGAGAUCGUCACUAAUCCCGACGCCUGCCAGACGGACUUUGAUGCCGUGUCUAUGAUCCGAGGGGAGCUGUUCUUCUUUAAGUCGGGCUACGUUUGGCGGAUCAGGGACGGGCAUCUGGAGAGCGGUUACCCGGCGCUGGCGUCCCGUCACUGGAGGGGGAUUCCUGACAGCAUCGACGCCGCCUUUGAAGACAAGUCAGGGAAUAUUUGGUUCUUUCAAGGUGAGAAGUACUGGGUGUUUGAUGCCGAGAUGCAGAUCAGAGGGCCGGAGUCCAUCAGGAGCUUGGGUCUGUCGGUGUCCGGGAUCCAGGCGGCGCUGCGCUGGGGCCAGGACUCCACCUACAACACCUACUUCUUCAAGUCAGGCAGCUACUGGAAGUUCAGCCCCCGCGACAACCGAGUCGACUCCGUGUACCCGCGCAGCAUGCAGGACUGGAGCGGCAUCCCCGACGACGUGGACGCCGCCUUCAGGGACAUCUACGGCUAUGCUCACUUUAUCCGAGGACGACAGUACUGGAAAUUUGAUCCCGUCGGCAUGAACUCUCUGGAGGGCUACCCUCGCUACGUCGGCGUGGAUUUUUUCGGCUGUAGAAACGUGUGAGUCUUUAACUGUGGAGAAUAAGAUUGACCAAUUUUUUUUUUCCUUUGACAAUGAAGAGGAGUUUUUGGAACAAAGACAUUUGUAUGUUCAUACUACGGAUUCAAGGGGAAUCUGUUUAUGCUUUAUUCCAUUUAUUGAUACUCAGCUCAAUUACACCUUCUUCUCAGGAAAACCAAGUUAUGUUUCCUCAGACUUGGCACCUCCUGUGCAGCUAUACUCAUAUUUAUUUUGCACAUUUUGUCACCAUAAGGCUGAGACCUGGGCCCUGUAUUAACGAUGUGUGAUACUGAUGUGAACUGCACCGUUCUCACCUCCUUCUCUUUGAGCCUGACGUCGACUGAUUCUGGUUCACAGACAGAACCAGCACAGACCGUCUUAUUCUCUGUAGCAGACGUUUUCUAUUUCAGCUGUUUUGUUUUUGUCACCAUGGAUGGACUCACUGAUCCUCAAGUGUUUGAAGAGUGGCGUCAAACUUUGACCUGUGGCACACAGAUUUGGAUGUGAACUGCUGUAACUUUAGUUUAAAGAUCAGAUAUCAAACAUUUUCAACUACACUUUGUUGAACUUCCCACCAACCGCACUCACACUGACAGUCAAUCAGAACAUAGAAACAAAAGUGAGAGUUUUAGAAACUUGUCACCGCCUGCUUAAAGUCAAAGUCAGCUUUUAGUCCCAGAAGACUAAAAGCUGACACUGUUGUGACUUUAACCAAGCAUGAUGGACUUGUUUGUCCUCUUGUUUGUCUCUUGUGAGCUCUCUUGCCCUGAAGUAAAUCUCUCAGGCUGCGCUCAGUGUCACUAACAGUCAAGUUUUAAACCAAAUCUAAUGAAAUUUUUAAUUGAAUUCCCAGAAAAUCUGCAGAAGAAAACACAAAUCCCAUCCUCGAGAGUUAGAUGAAUAUUAGGAGGUGAACUUGUUUGUCCUCUUGUAGGCUUUCAAAGCACUUGGGGUUUCUCACCCUGAAAUCCAGUCAGGUGCCAUUAAACCACUGAAGAAGAAGAGGAAACAGUGGAUUACCAUGUGGAAAAUGUGAUGAAAAUAUGGCUAUGCUGUUUGUUUAAUGCACCAAUGUGAGGAAGGUUACAGGCUCCUCAACGCUCCACAGAUCUGACACUUUCAAUUUUUCAUCUUUUCAGUCACUUGCUACAUGUACGUCAUGAUUUAUUCACCGUCUGUUUCCGUCGCACUUCUGUCGUAUUUAGUUUUAUUGAUACGCUAACUUCUCCACCUCAGCCAAGCGUAAAAAGUCUUCAAAUAGAUGGAAAAAAAACACUUAACUACACAUAAACUGGUGCGACUGAUUAAAAGCAAACAGUCUUUGAGCUGCUGGCCGUCAGUAGCACUCACACCUGAAGAAAAACGUUUGUAUUUAUUUUGCAUAUUUGGACAAACUGAGCAAAUGUUCAAGAUAUUAAUGAGUAGAUAUGAGAUGCUUCUCUCUGUUGUGAUUUAGGCUAAUAACAUCUCUCCUCACAUAGCUUUUAGAUCUGAUGUUGUGUUACCUACUUUUUCUUCCCCCAAGAAACUAAAGAAUUUCAGCAUCUCUGAAGAUGUGGAGCCUUAAAGAAAUUCAGUGUUAAUGUGGGAAGAAAAUGUGGUAACAUUCCUGUAUGUUGAGUUUUGAUGUCACUCUUCUAACAUGAUGGUGAAGCUCCUCAGUCGUUAUCACUCACCGGUCUGCAGCCUCUGUGGCAGGAAAAGCUCCAGGGCGCCAUCUAGAGUGCAACACUGUCACCCUGCAGGAGGAGUGUGAUAUUUCCUCAGACAAUGUCCUCACGUCUUUAUGUCUCUCUCCCUCAUUAUUGAUGAAGUCAUUGCUGAUCUGAAACAAUGGUGCUCUGUUCAGGUUGUUGUUCAGUGUAACACAUUCAGGGACAGCAGCUGCUGUGAGGAUCAGUGGUUCUCAACCUGCUCAGGCUUUAACUUUGACCCUAAUUGUGAUUAGUAGGUAUUUUUACUUAAUUAGUAGACAAUCACUGAGAUUCCUCACUGGAUGGCAGUGGUGGAAAGUGACUAUGUACAUUUACAAAUACAGACAGAUAACAGUCCAGAAUCCAAAGA